CGACGAUGACGGGCUUUUGGAAUUACCUCUUUGACGACGACCUCGACCUCGGACCGUUCGUCGACGCGGCUGGUCGCCCGGCGACCUUGGCCGACCUCAACAAAAUCGUGCUCGUGCUCUUCUCCGCCUACUGGUGCCCGCCGUGCCGGGCGUUUACGCCGUCGGUCCUCCAGUUUCUCCAAGCCCAUCCGAGCGAGGUCUCAGUUAUUUACUUUGGCCGCGACCACAACGCCAAGAUGCAGCGAUUCUACAACCGGCACAAACCGUACUACCGCUUCGAGUGGCGCGAGGCCAACGCGGCGGCGUUCCAGGCCAUCAAGGCCGCGUACCCGUCGAUCCAAGGCAUCCCGACAGCCUUUGCCGUCGAGCGCGACUCGGGCAUGGUCUUCUCAGAGCGCGCCCGCAUCGGCGUGCUCCUCCAGCCCGAUACGAUCCUGAGCCUCUGGCGCGCCGGCGACGACAUUUCCGAAGCCGACGAAGAGGCCUACUGGCUGCGCGACGAGCCGGUGGCCGACGAGGUCGAGACGGUGGACGUGAUCUCGCACCUUCCGCUCGAAACGCUCGUGACAGCAAACGGCGAUCACAUUGCGUACGACGACCUCCACGCCUUUGUGCUGCUCUACUUUAGCGCGAGCUGGGCAGCGAGCGACGAGCUCACGCGCUCGAUCGACGACUUUGCUAUUGCCAAUGCCGACGACGUCUCGGUCGUCUACUUUAGUUUGGACGACGAGCCAAGUAGCGACGAGCCGAUCAAGGACACGUCAUUCCACCGGUUCACGCACAGCAGCAACUUGGCCGAGACAGCCGACGCGAUCGACAAGGCCCUCUCGGCGCACGACGCCUACAACACGCUGGGCGCCCCGCGACUGCUCGUGAUCGAGAAAGCGUCGCGUACGAUCGUGGCCACGAACCAUUAUGGUCUCGUGAUCAAGCCCGAUGACGUCGUGUCGGCGUGGAAGGCUGGGGACGCCGGUGUGACCGAGGACGAAGUGGACGCGUAUUUUGAGCAGCGGUAGUCGAGAAGGUCGAAUGUGUUUUGUACAAAUAUGGAGUGGAUUUUGUAGCAGUA